AUGAAUUCCUAAGAAAGAAUAUAUAUCAAAGCUUUAGUCAGGAAAACUAAAAAGAUAAUUGAAAUUAAGCCUAAGUCCAAAUCAAUCUCAGAUGAAGAUAAUUAUGGAUUAACGGAUUUUUAAAUAAAUUCUGAAGAAUAUUAUGAAGAAUUUCAAGCUCUAUCAGAAGAAUUCUCAGGGAAAUGCAUCCUUUAAUCAAUUGACUAAACUGAGGAUGAGAGUUUAAAUUUAAAAAAGAACAGGUCUGGUGAGAAUUAAUUUUCUCCACGAAACCAAAUUGUCCAAGAGUAAACAGCCCCUUCAGAAAUCAAAAUUUUUGAAAAAUAAUAGAAUUAAGAGAUGGAGAAUGACAAUUUAUCAACCGGAACUUUAUCUGAAUCAAAUCAAUGUUAUGAUCUGAAUAUUGAUCCCGUCUAAGUUGCAUAAUAAGGGGAAAUUAACUACUUGGAGGGUUUAAGCAACUUUUUAAGAACCGUUGGGGCGAAAUAAAAAAAAUAAUAAUGUUAAAAAAAAAAGAACGAAGUAAAAUAAGAAAGCAGGCUACCCUUAAUAUUCAAAUAAAUACUCAAGAGUAGUAGAGUCUGA